CGACUCUUGAGGGAGGCUGGGCGCGAGAUUCGGUGGUGCGGACAAAACCCUGCGGGAGGUUGCGAGUGCUGCGGGCUGCCCGCUGCGGGACAGGGCGGGGCCGUGCCGGGGCUGCAGCGUGGAGGCCGAGGGGCCGGCGGAGGGUUGGAGCGCGCCUCCCCGCAUGUCGGGCUCGUCCCUGAACCCGCCGGGCCGGGGCUAGGAGCGGCGCUGGCCGGGGGCGGGUCGCGCUCCGCUGCUCGUCCAUCCCUGCUGCCCUGCCGGGACCCGCACUCCGCUCUCUGCUGCCUCGGGACGGGAUCGAGGGAAGCGGCGGGAGCGUGGGGGAGAAGGCGCACCCGCCUGGGGCUGGAGGAGGCUGCCCCGCGUCCCCGCGCAGCCCGCGCCUAUGCGGUACUUGAAGGAUGGCGAAGAGGUCGCGCAGUGAGGAUGAGGAUGAGGACCUUCAGUAUGCUGAUCAUGAUUAUGAAGUACCACAACAAAAAGGAUUGAAAAAACUCUGGAACAGAGUGAAAUGGACAAGAGAUGAGGAUGAUAAGUUAAAGAAGUUGGUGGAACAACAUGGAACUGAUGAUUGGACUCUAAUUGCUAGUCAUCUUCAAAAUCGUUCUGAUUUUCAGUGCCAACAUCGAUGGCAGAAAGUUUUAAAUCCAGAAUUGAUAAAGGGUCCUUGGACUAAAGAAGAGGAUCAAAGGGUUAUUGAAUUAGUUCAGAAAUAUGGACCAAAAAGGUGGUCUUUAAUUGCAAAACAUUUAAAAGGAAGAAUAGGCAAGCAGUGUAGAGAAAGAUGGCAUAAUCAUCUGAAUCCUGAAGUAAAGAAAUCUUCGUGGACAGAAGAAGAAGACAGGAUCAUCUAUGAAGCACAUAAGCGGUUGGGAAAUCGUUGGGCAGAAAUUGCCAAGCUACUUCCUGGAAGGACUGAUAAUUCCAUCAAAAACCAUUGGAAUUCUACAAUGCGGAGAAAAGUGGAACAGGAGGGCUACUUACAAGAUGGAAUAAAAUCAGAACGCUCCUCAUCAAAACUUCAACACAAACCUUGUGCGACUAUGGACCAUUUGCAAACCCAGAAUCAGUUUUACAUACCUGUUCAGAUCCCUGGUUAUCAGUAUGUCUCACCUGAAGGCAAUUGUGUAGAACAUAUUCAGACUUCUACCUUUCUUCAGCCAUCUUUUGUUGAUGAAGACCCUGAUAAGGAAAAGAAAAUAAAGGAACUUGAGUUACUUCUUAUGUCAGCUGAGAAUGAAGUUAGAAGAAAACGACUUCCAUCUCAACUUGGAAACUUAGCUGCCUGGUCGGGUAGUUUUCUCAUGGAUGAUAGUAUGUCUAAUACUCUAAAUAGCCUUGAGGAUCAAGCUACUGAGUUUUACGGUAUGGAUGAAAAUCAGACUGUGUCUGCGCAGCAGAAUUCGCCGACAAAGUUCCUGGCUGUAGAGGCAAAUACUGUGCUAUCUUCUCUGCAGACCAUCCCAGAAUUUGCAGAGACCCUAGAACUUAUUGAAUCUGAUCCUGUAGCGUGGAGUGAUGUAGCCAGUUUUGAUCUUUCGGAUGCUGCUGCUUCUCCUGUCAAAUCCACCCCCGUUAAGCUAAUGCGAAUUCAGCACAAUGAAGGAGCCAUGGAAUGUCAGUUUAGUCUUGUACUUGAAGGAAAGAAAAACAGUUGUGAUGGAAACAGUGCGGCUGUUCCUGUAACAUCCCCAAAUGUAGCCAGGUUUAGCACUCCACCGACUAUCCUCAGAAAGAAGAGAAAAAUGCGAGUUAAUCAGUCCCCAGGUAGCGAACUUGGUGAAGGCUUAUUUGUUGAUGGCGUUAAUACAGCAUUGAAACACACACCAGUGAAAACACUACCAUUUUCUCCUUCACAGUUUUUCAAUACAUGUCCUGGAAAUCAACAACUUAAUAUAGAAAAUCCUUCAUUUACAUCAACCCCUAUUUGUGGGCAAAAAGUUCUUAUUACAACUCCUCUUCAGAAAGAAACAACUCCCAAAGAUCAAAAAGAAAAUGUAGGGUUUAGAACACCUACUAUUAGAAGAUCUAUGUUGGGUACCACACCAAGAACUCCUACUCCUUUUAAGAAUGCACUUGCUGCUCAAGAGAAAAAAUAUGGACCUCUUAAAAUUGUGUCCCAGCCACUUGCCUUUUUGGAGGAAGAUAUUCGAGAAGUUUUGAAAGAAGAAACUGGAACUGACAUAUUCCUCAAAGAGGAAGAUGAACGUGCUUAUAAAGGCUGCAAACAAGAGCAUACUACCGUGAAGAAAGUCAGAAAAUCACUAAUGUUAGAUAAUUGGGAAAAAGAAGAACCAGGCACCCAACUACUAACUGAAGACAUUUCAGACAUGCGGUCAAAUUGUGAAUGGGAAACAGUAGUUUAUGGGAAGACAGAAGACCAGCUUAUCAUGACUGAACAAGCAAGAAGAUAUUUGAGUACUUACACAGCUACCAGCAGCACUUCAAGAGCUCUAAUACUGUAAUUGUUGCUAAAACGGAUGAAAUGUUCCAUUGCUUUACUGUAUUCUAUAUGGAAUUAGGUUACAAUGAAAUUUUCCCCAGUUAUUUGCAAAGUUUUAAUAUCGCCCUGAAACAGUUUACAUCUUUUUUCCAUUUUGAUCAGACAGAAAAGCUAAAAAGCCACUUAAGAGGCAGGCAAUUUCAUUGCUUAUUUUUUUUUAAGAGAUGAGAUUGUAAAACAUUUUUACAGAUAGGAAAAAAUAUUCAUGAAUACUUCAGAAGUAAAUAUUCACAUGUUCUCUUCUCAGGAUAUAUGCUGCUACCCUCUUUGAGGCUGCAGUUUUGUUUGUUAUAGACAAGUAUAUGAGAAUGUGUGAUCUCUGACAUUAAUCUAUGAAUGGAAUGCAUGCAUGGCUUUGCAGACUUUUUUGUCCCUGUGCUGGUUUACUUCGGCUACACCAUUUACAACGAAACACAGUGAGAGGAGUCUAAAGAAAAAUAGAAAGUUGCACUACUUAUUCUUGGUAUUGUUCAAACAGUAAAAUUAACUACAGUGUUAAGUGUAUUUAUUUGAGCUUAGUACUUAAAAAAGCAUUGAAAAGAGGAAUUUUUCCCCCUUAGUAAAGAGUCAGUAUUUUCUUCAUAAAAUCUCAGAAGAGCUGAGUUUUGUUGAAUGUAUUGUAUAGUAUAUAGGAGCAGGAAAAGAUUGUAAAUUGGAAGGAAAUCUGUUUUAUAAUUUAUUUUCAUUUUUAAAGCUUAAAUGUAGAUAUUUAUUUGUAUACAGGGUGUCUAGAAGUCAAUGUUGUUUCCUGUCAUUAUAGAUAACAUAGUGAAGAAUAAUUUUGACCUUUAAAUAUGAAACAGUAAGUUAUAGCUGCAACAAAUACAAUAUCUAUACUGUAUGUCACAUCUACCUAAAUAUUGCACUAUACCCUUUAAAUCAUGUUGGUUAUAAAAUAGUUCUAAAAAUGUACUAAAUAAUAAUUUAAUAUUUUCUUUUUAAAUUAUACUGGGGGUCAUAUAAAUUAAUCUGAUGAUUUAUAUAUGUAUUUGAAGCUUUUCAAUUCUGUUUAAAAAAUAAUAUGGUACUUUGGUCCCUGCGAAUAGCUUGCACUUAGAAGUUUAUUAUAUUUACUCAAAGUUUCAGAAGUAGAAAACAUUAUCUUUUAUUUAUAAAAAUAUUUUGUCCUUUUAUAAAUGUUUUUGUUUCUUUACAGGUUACAACAGUUGCUUCAGUUGCCUGUUUUAGGUGUUUGCACUUAUUUCUUCUUGAAAAAAUGUCUUUAUUUGCUUUUGUCGUAGAGAUUUUAUGUAAUUUUUUGAGACUAUAAUGGUGUGCUGUCAAUUUGAACACUGACAGGCAAAUAGAAUUGUACACUGUAGUUGAAUUAUUUAUAAUUGACACACUCUCUCCCUCUCCACUCCUGAAGUAUGCUGCUCUAAAAGACAGCAGAAUCGGCUUGCUGCUAUGAGAGGUGGAAAGAGCGAGCACCACUUGCACUGUGUGAAAAGAUAAAAAGCAAAUGACGGCAAGUUCUCAAGUUAACUUAGUGGAAUCAACCAUUACCAGCAAAUUCUUAGCAAAUACCAAAAUAGUCUGCCAUAAAACAAAAA